CAACGCUCACUUCAGCAUACACAGAAGACGAAUUUGAGAUUUUGAGAAAACCAGUGAUCUACAUUUUGUAGUUAUUUCAGAAAAGAGCGAGAAUGUCUCUGAUUCCCAGCUUCUUCGGUAGGAGAUCAAACGUGUCUGAUCCAUUUUCUCUUGAUGUGUGGGAUCCUCUCGGAGCUUUCAACUCCUCAGAAUUCGCGAGGGAUGCAGCUGCUGUUGUCAAUACGCAAAUCGACUGGAAAGAGACUGACAAUGCUCACAUUUUCAAGGCUGAUCUGCCAGGUCUGAAGAAAGAGGAGGUGAAAAUAGAGGUGGAAGAUGGAAGAAUUUUGCAGAUAAGCGGAGAACGCAGUAAAGAAGAAGAGCAAAAGAACGAGAAAUAUCACCGAGUAGAACGCUCGCGGGGCAAAUUCCUGAGGCGAUUCCGACUGCCGGAAAAUGCAAAAGUCGAAGAAGUUAAAGCUGCCAUGGAAAAUGGAGUGCUGACGGUGACAGUGCCAAAGCAACCGGAGCCGAAGCCAAACGUAAAAUCGAUUGAAAUAUCUGGUUAAUUGAGGAGAAUGUUUUCAUGUUUGGAGGAAUUGAAAAUGGAGAUACCGCAGUAAUUACUAUUAAAUAAAUAAUUCUGGCAGCCUAUUGGCUUCCCUUCUGAAUUUGUAACUUCUAUUUUUUUGUAUGUUCAGGUGUUUUCCCUAAAUAUUACUAUAAACUGCUUUUUGUUC